CCAGGUGAAAAGAAACUUAAAAGAGUGCCCUAGCUUGGACGCUGGACGGAGCUCGCCAUGGCGCGAUCGGCAGCGGUGGUUGCCCUGUUCUUCCUGAUCGCUCUCACGGCCUUCCCGGAUCAAGGCCCGAUCAGGUCUAAGGUCCACGCAGAAGAUACCGGAGUUACCGAAGAGAAUGCCAGUCCUCCGAAAAUCGAAGAACCGAUCGGUGGCGCGAUUCCUGACGCCUUGUCUACUGAUUCCCAGGUUGUCGAGAGGGAGUCCGAGUCCGUGGGCCAAAAGACUUUGCGAGCCCAUGCACAGAGAUUUACGUUCCAGGCUGAAGUUUCGAGGUUGAUGGACAUUAUUGUCAACUCUCUAUAUAGCAACAAGGAUAUCUUCCUUCGAGAGCUUAUUUCGAACGCCUCUGACGCAUUGGACAAAAUUCGGUUUCUGUCUCUUACCGACAAGUCUCAGCUCGGCGAAGGUGACGAGUCCAAACUGGAAAUCAGGAUUAAACUGGACAAAGAGAAGAAGCUUCUUUCUAUUCGCGAUCGUGGCAUCGGGAUGACUAAGGACGAGUUGAUAAAGAACCUUGGAACAAUCGCGAAGUCUGGAACCUCAGCAUUUUUCGAAAAGAUGCAGUCAGGAGGUGACUUAAAUUUGAUUGGCCAGUUUGGAGUCGGUUUCUACUCGGUGUAUUUGGUCGCGGAUUACGUCGAGGUCAUCAGUAAAAAUAACGAAGACAAGCAGUACAUUUGGGAAUCUACAGCUGAUGGAGCUUUUGCCGUUAGCGAGGAUGAAGAAAAUGAGCCGUUAGGACGCGGGACUGAAAUUAAAUUGCACCUGAAAGAUGAUGCUGCGGAUUAUUUGGAAGAGUCGAAACUGAAAGAGCUAGUUCAAAAGUACUCAGAAUUCAUGAACUUUCCGAUAUACCUUUGGAAUUCUACGGAAGUUGAGGUUGAAGUUCCUGUAGACGAAGAGACUGAAGAGACUGUUGAAGAGGAAGACGACAAACCAGAAGACAAACCAGAAGAAAGUGAAACAGAAGAGGAGACUGAAAAGCCGAAAACGAAGAAAGUCAAAGAAAUCAAGUGGGACUGGGAGCUACUAAAUGACGUCAAAGCUAUCUGGCUAAGGAGUCCAAAGGAUGUUACCGAGGAUGAGUACUCGAAGUUUUAUCAUUCGAUCUCUAAGGAUUAUAACCCCGACAAGCCAAUGUCCUGGAGUCAUUUCUCUGCGGAAGGAGAUGUCGAGUUCAAGGCUGUGUUGUUCAUUCCUCCGAAGGCUCCGCAUGAUCUUUACGAGAAUUACUACAACAGCAAAACAUCAUUGAAGCUCUACGUUCGGCGAGUGUUCGUAUCCGACGAGUUCGACGAACUUUUGCCUAAGUACCUCAGCUUCUUGAAGGGCCUGGUCGAUUCUGAUACACUGCCAAUUAACGUUUCUCGAGAAAUGCUGCAGCAGCACAGCAGCUUGAGAACCAUCAAGAAGAAACUUGUUCGCAAGGCGCUCGAUAUGAUUCGUAGCAUAGUUAACGCUGACCCGGACGAGGCCAAUCCUGAUGCCAAAGCGGAGGAUGCCAAAGCUGAGAAUGCUGAAGACGUAAAAUCUGACGAGAAGAAGGAAGAAAAAUCCGACGAGAAGAAGGAAGAAAACAAAGGAAAAUACGUCAAGUUCUGGAACGAGUUCGGCAAGUCGAUUAAACUUGGCAUCGUUGAAGACGCAACUAACAGAGUGCGUCUUGCGAAACUCCUGCGAUUCUACAGCUCUAAUUCGGACGACAAGCUCUCCUCACUUGAACAGUAUGUUAGCCGGAUGAAGCCCGGGCAGAAGGACAUCUAUUUCAUCACUGGCCAAGACCGUGAGCAACUCAAGAAGUCUCCGUUUCUGGAGAGGCUCCAGAAAGAAGGCUAUGAGGUUAUUUUCUUCACGGACCCAGUCGAUGAGUAUUUGACUCAGUACCUGACCGAGUUCGAUGACAAGAAGCUCGUCAACAUCUCCAAGGAAGGAUUGAAGCUUGGACAGAAGGACAAGGAGAAGGCCAAGGAAUUGAAGCAGUCGUUCAAGCCUCUGCUGGCAUGGUGGAAAGACGUUCUUAAGCCCGAGGGUGUGGACAGCGUGAAAAUCAGUAACCGUCUUGCCGACACUCCCGCCGUGGUUGUGACAUCCACUUAUGGCUGGAGCGCCAACAUGGAGAGGAUAAUGCGAGCGCAAACCUUGACCGACAACUCCAGACAGAACUACAUGCGCGGAAAGAGAGUGCUGGAGAUCAAUCCCCGUCACCCCAUCAUCAAGGAGUUGCGUGGGAAAGUGGACGAACAGCCAGAGGAUGAGAGCACAAAGGCGACUGGAAAGCUCAUCUACAAGACGGCUUUGAUUGACAGUGGUUUCCUGGUUGACGACUCGAAGGAGUUUGCGUCCCAGAUCUACUCGAUCAUCAAGAGCAACCUCAACAUCAGCCCCGACGCACAAUUCGACGAGGAGAUCGAGACGGUCAUCGAAGACAAGGAGAGCGUCGAGGAGAACGAAGAUGCUGAGCCAGGCUCCGAGGGUUCCGAGGGCUCCGAGCCAGAUUCGCCCUUUGGCGAGGAUGGAUUGCCGAGAGGCCAGUCCAUGGGGAGUACUCUUAGGUCCGAAAACUAUGAGCCAGACGACGAAGACGAGAAGGAUGAACUAUGACGAGAUAGCCUCUAGACAUUUUGUACACUUGGCGCGCUCCCAAGAACCCUAAUUUCUGUAUGUUUGAAAAAACGAAUAUUUUGUGUUAACUAA